AUGAAUGGUUUGGUCUUAGAUGGCCAAUUCUUCCACAUGAGAUGCUGUGCUCACAUUUUAAACCUGGUAGUGAAUGAUGGUUUAAAGGAUAUGAGUGGUUGUAUCACAAGCAUUCGUAAUGCGGUUAGGUUUGUUCGGUCAUCUACUCAAAGGCAUGACAAAUUCAUGGAAUGCAUUGAGUUUUCUAGGAUAUCUUCCAAGAAACUAGUUUGUCUUGAUGUUCCUACUCGAUGGAACUCGACUUACUUGAUGUUGGAUGCAGUUGAGAAGUUCCAAGUUGCAUUUGAAAAGCUGGAGUUUGAGGAUCCCAAUUACUUGGAAAGCUUUGGUGUUGCUGGUCCCCCUACUAGUGCAGAUUGGGAUAAGGCAAGAGCUUUUAUUAGAUUUCUGAAAAUUUUUUAUGAGGCCACACAAAUGUUUUCAUCAUCCUUGCAUGUUAGUGUGCAUACUGCCUUUCACCAGCUUGCUGUAAUUUAUAGUGAGCUUGUGCAGUAUUGUCAUAGUUCAAAUCCUACUUUGAGUAGAAUGGGUAUGGAUAUGAAGCUCAAGUAUGAUAAGUAUUGGGGUAGCAUUGCUAACAUUAAUCAUCUCCUUUAUUUUGGGGUCAUCUUUGAUCCUCGAUAUAAGUUGAAGUAUGUAAGGUGGUGCUUUUCUAAAAUGUAUAAUGAGGACCCAAAUCUGAUAAAAGAGCUCAUAACUAGCAUUAAUGAGAAUCUGUCCAGAAUGUACGAUUGCUAUUCUGCUGCUCAUAAUGAAGAAAAUAGGCAAGAUCAAGGGCAAUCAUCUCAUGGACCAUUGGGUCCUUUGGAGGGGAGUACAUCUGGGUCAAAAUCUGCUGAAAUUCCAACUUUCUUAGAAAUGGCAAAUGCUUUUCAGCAGCAUCUUGAGCAAGAAAGUUCAUUUGAAAGUAAAAAUGAGCUUGAGAGAUACUUAGAUGAAGCUUGUGUUAAAGAUAAUGGCAAGUUUGAGCUGCUAGUAUGGUGGAGGCAGAAUUCAUCAAGAUUUCCAAUCUUGUCAAUUCUGGUCAAGGAUGUUUUGGCUACUCCAGUUUCAACAGUGGCUUCUGAGAGUGCAUUUAGCACUGGUGGUAGAGUCUUGGACACUUAUAGGAGCUCUCUAAACCCUGAAGUUGCAGAAGCACUGAUUUGUACUCAAAACUGGAUGAGACAAUCUUCCAAUCAGCCCAAAGAACUUGAUGUUGUUGAUGUAUUUGACCAAUCUGAAAAAGUUAUAACAGAAUUUCGAGGCUUGAUCAUUUCUGGAAGGGCUAGAAGAUCUGCUGCUGGUGCUGGAUCUUCUCAGUCACAGCCAAUCCAAAAUGUGGUGUUGAUCACCAUUGAAGGAAUAUUAAUUGGAGCUCUACUAUUGAAAAGUAUGUGUAUUUAUAAUUGUUGGCUAAUGGAGAGUGCUCCUAAAAGAUUCCCAGGGAAUACAAUUACUGGUUAUUCCCUUGAAGCUCCUAUGCUAGUAGUGUACAUGGAUGAGAUGUCACUUGAGGGCUGGAAGAGUUUGAUAGAGUGCCCCAAGAUUCAUGCAAGUUUGAUGGUGAAGAUUGAAGAAUGCAAUUUAAGCUAUGACUAUGGGUCUGUAACUUGA